CCAACAUCGAUUGUAUUGUAAACGGGUACAAUGAUCAUUUAAUGAUUUAAGCUAGGCUGCCGUUUUUCCUAAAGCCAGUAAAGUGUUGAGGAACAGCUAUCCUGCAUCAAAGAUCUCUGCAGACAGAAGAUACUGCAUGUGAUUCAGAGUUUAGAGAAUGCCCGCACUCUCAACAUUACUAUAGAGCUACAAGAGAUAUUAAGAUAUUUGUUACAGAUAUCCAGCUUAACUUGUAUAAGAAGCUGUAUAGUAUUUGUUCAAGAAGCUCUUCAGAUCCUAGAACAGUUACCAACAGAGAAUGAAAUUUCGGAAAUAGAAGUUUGUAAAAGACAAGGUAGAAAAAAUGAUAUCCCUGGUGAAACACUGCAGUAUCUAAUUGAAUCCUGGACUGAGAGUAAAGGAAAUUUCAGAAUUACUAAAUGUGAGUAAGAGAACAGUUGAGAGAAGAAUGGAAGAGUUCAACCUGUCAAUCAGACAGACUUAUAGCAAUUUAUCUGACACUGAUUUAAGGCAAGAGGUUGAAGAGCUCUGUUCCAGUUUUCCAAAUGUUGGGUACAGAACUAUUCAGAGUCUUCUUCUUUCACAAGGAUUGAAGGUACAGGAGUUAAGAGUAAGGCAGGCUGUAAGAGAGUGUGAUCCUUGUGGGGUUUUGUUUCGCAAAGUUUUCCUGACUUCAUGUAGAAUACAGAGAAGAACUUACUCUGUUAGUGGUCCUCAAGCCCUUUGGCAUAUUGAUGGAAACCACAAGUUAAUAAGAUGGCGACUUGUUAUACAUGGAGGAAUAGAUGGUUACUCCAGGUUCCCAGUAUAUCUGAAUGUCAGCAAUAAUAACAGAGCAGACACCGUUCUAUAUGCCUUUUUAGAGGCUGUACAGCAGUUUGGUUUGCCGAGAAGGGUCCGAUCUGACAAGGGUGGUGAAAAUGUCUUAGUGGCUGAGUACAUGGUUGAACACCAACCAAUAGUCAAUAGACCAUUUAUUGCAGGGAGGUCUGUUCAUAAUCAAAGGAUUGAAAUGUUGUGGAGAGAAGUGUGGGCUGGCGUCACAAGCUUGUACUAUGCCAUAUUCUACGGCCUAGAAAAUGAGAGUAUCCUGGAUCCCACCAGUGAGGUACACAUAAUGAUGCUACACAUCGUCUUUGUUCCACGGAUACAAACCCAUUUAAACCGAUUUGCAGAGGCACUGAGGCGGCGUCCACUUAGAACAGAGAACAACCGUACUCCUCUUCAACUGUGGAUGACUUCUAGACAUCCACCCACUAAUGAACAGGCAAACCCACAGCAAUAUUGAUUAAAUAAUAAUUCUAUUAGACUUUUCGAGCAUUAAUGUUGACACAAUACAAAAUUUAAAAAAAUGAUGUUUUGCAGGGUUCAAAAUAUAUUGUUUAAUGUUAUAUUGUAAAAUGCUCUAUCAAAAUACCGUUCACGAUAAAUCCAGAAUUACCCAACCGAUUUCAUUUAUUUUGUGCACAUAAAUGAAAAUAUGAAUGACAUAUUUUAGCAGAGUUCAGACAAAAUGUUGACAGAUAAAAAGCUGAUGGACAGAAAGGCAUUUUACAGGGGGUCUGAAAUGACUAAUAAGCAGUUCCAUUUGUAUUAUAAUCAAGCACUUGUAUGCUUAAAACCUAUUUUAAGCUCUUCCAUGCUCAUAGCCAUUGUCUGUUGUCAUCGACUUGAAUGCCAACACUGCUUGUUAACACUAGAGAUCUAAGCAAUUAUCAGACCUUCAUCAACCUUGCUGAGUAUGUUUGAUUCUUUAAAGUUGCACUCUCACAGAUUGAUCGUUUUGAAAACUUAUUUAGUUUUUGUCUUUGAAUGAGCCAAUUUUUACAAAAGUAUCUUGAAACCAGUGAUAUAAGAUUGAAACCAGUGAUAUAAGACUGCUGACAAAAGAUCAGAUUGCAGUUGUUCAUAUUUACAUUUGAAAAUUUGUUUUAAGGCUAAAAUCGUUACUAACGCUUUAAGAAAAACGAAAUUUUGCACAGUUUUCCAAACA